AUGAAUGAGUAAAACAGAGAUAAAACUUCUUCAAAAAUAUCAAAGAAGUUGCAGCUAACUUUGAACUUUAAUCCAUAAGAAAUAUUAGAAAUUGUUUAUCUUGAAAUAGAGCUUCAAAUGCUUCCUAGGGAUAACCAAAAAAGUAUUGAUUAUAUUGAUGAUUAAAAAAGAAUCUAUCUUUCUAAGUUGGAAAAUGAUGACAAAGAUUUAAAUUCAUGUCUAUAUGCCCUAUAUUUAGAAGUAUUUAAGAUUAAAAAAUUUUACUUAGCAAGUAAUAAAUAAUCUUCAAGUGGUUAAACAACAAGCUUAAAUCAAGCAAAUAAUUGUAUUAAUUUCUGUAGAUAAUUCAUUGAUAAAUAUAUUAGCUUAUUAGAGUCUGAUAUACGAGGGAGAGCUUUGAUUGUAUUUUAUUUAAUGAUAGAACUGUUUUAGUGCAUAGAAAUAAAUGAUUUCUUUUGUAUUGAAAAUAUACAAAAAAAAUAUAGAAGCAAUAUCAUUGUAUUCUUUUCUAAUUUUAAUUUUACAACAAUUUAAAAAUAGUAAAAAAAAAGUACUAACCCAUGUCUUUUAAAAUUUUAUGUGUCUUAGUUCGUUGGUACUUUGGGAAUUAUUCAGUAUGAAUUAAGGUAAUUGAAAGAUUCAUUAGAAAAUUUAGAUAUUUCUGUGAAAAUAAGAAAUGAAAAUUUAUAAGAAAAAAGUAUUUUAGAGAGAUAUCUAAAUACUAAGUAAAAAAUUUUAGAAUACUAGUUGGUUAUUUAUUAUAUGAAAUCUAAAAAGUGCAGCUGUCUUUUGAAAAUGUAGAGAUAUGCUGAAUGCUGCUCUUUUGGAUAAUUUCUUAAGAAGCAAAUAGCUAAGUUAGUUAGCAGUAUUUCUUCUGAAAAUAAAGAUCUUAAAUAAAAUAAAGAAAUUAUUUUACAAUUUGAAAAUUUGAGCAACAAAAUUUCUUAGGUGUUGUCAUUGAGUAACGAAAAUGCUAAAAAUAUGCUCCUUGGAAGUGAUAUACAAGAUAUUUUAUAUGAGAUGAGAGGUAAUCAACAUACUUUGGUCAAAGAAGAAAGCUCUUUGGAUACAUAAGAGUAUAAUUAGAAUAAUGAAGGACAAAUCAUAGAAGUAAAUUCUCCAACAAAUGCAAAUAUGGAAUCUGAUUUUAAAAAUAAAGCUUUUGAUUUUUAAUAUAAAUUCUUCAAUAGUAAAAUUGCAACUUUAGAAAAUAUCCCAUUAGACUCUCAAAUGAAAAUAUUAACCAGAAUUGAUGAUACAUAAAAAGGUAAUAUUUCAUAAGCAACUAAAAAUACAAAUGCUAUUUUAAAAGAUGCAGAUAUUUUUUCUUUGAAAACCCUUCUUUUAAAAGACGACCAAUAAAAAUAACAAAUGAAAAAAGCUAUUCAUGAGCAAUUAAUUUUUAAAAAAUUAAAUUCAACACAGAGUAAUUAAAAUUCUAAAAGUAUAAUGAAUGAUAUUUAAAAGGCCAUAAAUGAAUCUUAUACAGAUCUUGAUGCUUCUUAAAUGGCUAAAGGCUAGUAGGACAGUUUAAAUUAAAAAAAUUAAUAAUCUUUUAAAUAGAUAAAUUUUUCUUUUAAAACUCAAAGAUAAAACUCAUAGAAUACUUUAUCAAUGGCGAAUGUUAACAAAGAAGAAAUUUUAUAGAAUUAAAGGUUUUUAAAUGAAUAGUAACUGAGUGAACUUUAGAUGAUAAAAUAAACAUCUAAAUAAACUUCUGGAAAUAAUUCAUAAAAAGAUGAAAAUAAAUUAACCGUUCCAUCUCAAAGAGCAAUUAAUUUAUCAAAUUUACAAAAGUAAUAAAGUGAGAAAAUAAAAACGGAAAUUAAUUUAGAAUCAAAUAAUCAACUGAGAGACUAAAAAGAUUAAAAAGAUCAAAAUGUAAAUAAAUUGAGACAAAAAAAAUUGAAGCUCUCUCCUUCAAGGGUUAAUGUUACUAAUAUUUCUUACUUUUUCAAACCUUAAGAGUAAUUACCUUAGCAAUAAAAAAAUUUAGACUUCACAAAUAACUUGGGUAAGAAGAAAUUCAUUCAGAAACUAUUAGAUAAAGAAUCCCAAAAUUUGCUUUAAGAAAAAUAUUAAAAGUCUAACCUAAAUAAUAUUGGAUAAAAUGAUGAGCCAGUAAGGCAAAACUAUUUUUAAAAUUAAGGAUAGAUUUUUAAUAUCAAAAUUGAAUCUAAUAAUAAUGAGUAAGACGAUAUAUACUAUAAUAUCAAUGAAAGAAUAAAUUUAUAGGCACUUUAAUUACAAUAAAUGGAAAGUGAGAGAAGUCAAUAAGGUUAUUUAUUCACAGAAACCAGACCAAGUGAACCCAAUAUAAUAACCCUUGAUACUUAAAAAAAGAAAACUCUCUCAACUUAGAAUACUCAGAGCAAUUAAGAAUAAUAUUUCUAAUUUAAUACACUUCAAACUUAAUAAAGAACAAUAAACACAGAAUAAGAUAUACCAUUAUAGAAUGCUUUGAAAACUGAAAGCAGUAAUAUAAAAUAGAGAAAAAUAUAUAAUAAGAUUAAAUUAGAUUAGUUUUAGUAAUUUGAAGUAAAUUAGCUAAUAGAUGGUUCUUAAACAGAAAGAAGUCAUUUAUAAUCAGAUUUAUUAUCUUAAUAGUUAUCUCCCUCUUCUUUUUUACAGUUUAAUUAGAGGCCUGAUUAUUUUAAUAAAGCUUUGACACAAAUGAAAAGUACACAAGCUUCGUAGUCAACUUAAAACUCUCCUAAAAAUAGCAGGCAGUAUUCAGUUUAUUAACAAUUAACUGAUCGAAACAAUAAUAUUUAACUGGUUCAAUAGAAUUAAAGAAAAAACUCAAAUGCUUAAUCUGCUUAAAAUUAGUAAAAUUAUUAACAAUAAGUUUCUCCUUCAAGAAAUUUCGCUAAUGUAGUAAAUAGGGACUAAUUAAUCAAACAGAUUAGUAAUUACUCCUAGCCAAAGUUAAGAGUAAAUUCAGAGUAUAAUUUGAUUUAGUAAGAUGAUAAUUUAGAAGUAUUAUAAAAGUAAUAAUAAAAUUAACAAGAGCAAUCUUAGGCCUAGUGUGUUAAUAAUAAUCGUAGCAAUUAAACUUAGACAAGAUAAAUGCACUAUAAUCGUGCUAAUAAGCUGAGAAAAUCUUCAUUAAGUCCAAAUUAAAGUAAUCUUAUUAGUUAGAUUGAAUAACAUCCAAGUAUAAACCUUUCCAAAUAGUAAAGCUACACGCCAAUUGGUUCUUUAUAAGAAUUUUAAUUAGCUAAAUAAUCAAACGUAGAAACACAAUCUAAUUAAAUUAACCUUGUCCCUAAGAUAAAUUUCGAAUUACUCAAUUAAGAAUCUUUAUAAUAUUUUGAAUAAAUAUAAAAUGAAAAAUUUAAUUAAAAUAAUAAGAUAUUAUCACCCAACACUACAAAUUUUACCUCAGGAUCUGCUUAUCUUUCGAGUUAAUUAUAAUAUGGCUAGCAAUCUUAAUAAACUCACUCUCCUUCAUUUGCUAAAAAAUUCUCAAUCUCUUAAAAUAUAAUUUCGCAAUUACCACUGCAAAUUUCUAGAGAUAAAAGUAAUUUAAGUGAAAAAUUUUAUAUGCUUGAAGAAUAAGAUAAGCCUAUAACAAGAAAGCGAUAUAGUAGAAGCACUAAUAUUAGUAGAUAAAUAAGAUAAAAUUCAGCAAUGAGGAAUAGAUUCUUAUCGUCCCAUAGAAAAAGCCAUGAAAAAUUUAUAUCUGGAUAAACAACUCCAAGAUAACCGAAUUCCUUUGCAGAAAAAUUGCAAGCUAGCUUUAAUAGCUAAAACGUAGUAUAAAAUGGAAAAAGUGUUAACUUACUUAACACCACUCUUAAUUUAAAAGUAAAGACUGAUCAAUAUGAUGCUAAAAAUUAGAUUGAAUUUUAUGAUUAAAACUUAAUUUUAUAAAGAAGUGAUAAUAAUAAUUUAACUGAAAAUGCGUAAUCAUAAAAAAUAGAUAGUAAAAUAAAAGUAUACAGAUCCAUUUCAAAUCAUGCAAGAGUACGACCUAAGACAGCUUCUGUUACUAAAAAUAGUCAAAGAAGCUUAUCUUAACAUUCUAAUGUUGAUCAGCAAAGAUCUGUUACUUACAUGCAAAAUAGCAAUACUAAUAUAUUGAAUUAUUUCAAAAAUAUAAAUUAAACGCCUACUGAAAAAGUAAUAUAAAAAAAUUAUGAAACACCAACAAAUAAUCAGAUUUAAGUUAGAUAAAAAUUAAAUUAUGAAUAGUAAAAAAGACCACAAAGCUCUACGAUCAAAAAUUAAAGUAGGUAGGAAUAGCCAUAUAAUACUAUGAGCUGUAAUAACUUGUAAUAAAAAAUGACAAAAAAUGUUAUAAAUUCUUAAAGUAGUUAAAAUAAAAAAAAUACUUACCCAAUAAAUGAUUUAUCAGAGAAGGGAGUAACUACAACUAGUACAAAAAGUAGAUCCGAUUAUUAUUUAGAGAAUGCUUUAUUAUCAAACUAAGUGUAACAACAAUAACCAUCUGCGUUAUAGAUGGUUUUGAAUGAAAUAUAGUUUUAAAAAAAACUAAAUGAGGUUAUAGAAAGUGAGAGAAAAUAAAAUAAUUAAAAAAAUAAAAUAUCUAUCAAAAGUAUAAUAGGGAAAUUUAAGGAAGAAGAAGAAACUCUAUUAAAAUGCAUGGAAAAUGCUUCCAUGCUGUUAGACUAAUAGUAUUAAAAGAGGUUUUUAUAAGAUGGUUCCUUUUAUGCAAUAAAAAGCUUAAAAAGAAUUCAUGAAAUACCAAGUUUGAACUAAUUUAAUAACUAAGAGUAGUAACAAUAAUUAUAAAAAUAACCAUCAAUUGAAAAAUAAUUUGAUGAAUCUCAAAAUCAGAAUGAAGAUAUUUCUUAUGUUUCCAAUUAACAAGACUUUGAGUAGGAUGAAGUAAAUAUGAGUUCUUCAAAGAAAUCUUAGAUAAAUAAACUUAAAAGUGAGAUUCAACGUGUAAAUGAAUAAAUUUAAUAAAAUUAUUUCCCUGAAUAAGAAUAAAGAGGAGAAUAAUAAUAAAAGAAAUAGAGUUAAACAGAUCUACUCAACAGAUCCAAGAAAUCGAAGUUUGCAAAGCCAGACAAGAAAAAGGAAGAAUCACCAUUCUAAAAAAGGCACAGCAUAGUAUAGACAUCAGCUUUUUAUUCUUAAGCAGGAAGUCCGAAAAGUUCAUAAUUUAAAGGAAAUUAAUAAAUUAACAAUAACUUUUUAUUUUAAAUGAAAGAUGAAUUUGAUGAUAAAUAAUUGAAUUACUAGGAUUCUCUAGAUGGUCAUUUGAAUAAUAAUGUACUACUAACAGUUUAAUAGGAUACGUUGACUGAAAACUAAGAUUCUGACACUAUAAAGAUGGAAGAUUACAUAGUAUAAAACUAUUCUGAUUUAUAAUAAAGUAAGUUUAAUCGACAAAAAACUAAACAACCUCAAUAGCCAAAGGAGAGUAUUUUUUAAGCUAGCUAAAAUUAAGAUUUGCCUGAAAAUUCUUUGGAUUUCAUAUAAAAUUAAAUUGGUAGUAAUAGCUUGAUACAAAAUCAAAAACAAUGGCAUUCAUAAUAACAUAAAUUAUAAAUUAAUAAGAGUUCUAAAUUUAUUGAUUUUCAACCUAACUUUUAAAAAAACAACAAUAUUUAAUUGAGUGAUUUAAAUGGAUUUGCAAGAUAGUUAUCAGAAUCAAACACUGUUUAUUAACAACUUAAUUCACCAUUAUUUACCUAAUAAAGCUCUUCCUCUGCUUCAAAUUACUUUUCAAGGAGAAUUAAUUUAUAGUUAAAAGUGCCAAAAAAUCUUGAACUUAAAAGAACCAAACUUAGCUUUCCAUCUUUUAGCAAUCUAGAAAUUGCUUCAACUUUAAGUAGAUAAAACGGUCGCUCUAAAUAAAUAUAAAUUAUAGAUUCUUCUAAUAAAUAAUCUUUGAAGAAGCUCAGUAAAGAACAGAUUAGAAGCAUAACAUAUUUCAAUCAAAGCUUAAAGUUUAAAUCUUAAACAUUAAUUAAAUCUAAUGUCAGCUUUUAUGAUAGUAAUGAUUAAGGAGAAGAGAAAAAGAAAGUUGUUACACUUUUUAAGUUGCUUGAAGAAACUAACAAAUCUUAUGAAGUGAGAGAUAAACUUAUAAACAGUAUUAGUGGAUUAAUAAAAGGAAUUAAAGUUUUAGAUACUUAACUUGCUUAUCCUCCUAUUAUUUAUUAUAUCCAAUACAAUAGCAUUUCAGAGAGAAUAAGACUGUCAAUAAAUCUUUAAAAAAAAAGUUACGAUGCUGAUGAACUUUAUAAUGAGAAAUUUAAUAUUAACACUCGAUCAAGGAUUAAUUCUGAAUCCGAUUAAUCAAAAAAUUGUAACGAAUAAGAUUUUAUUCUUGAGAGAGAAGAAAGCUAAGAUAUAGAAGUUGAGCUAGUUAUUUAAUAUGGUAAAUUUUAAAAAAUAUAUAUCCCAAUAAAUCUCACUAGAGGCCUGCUAGAACAUCCAGUAGCAGAGAGGAAGCUUUUAGUUACUGUAUGGCCAUUAGUGUUUAAAGAAAUGGAGAGGUAUUUAGAUGAAAAUCAUUUAAUUGAUGUGACAAAUAAAGAUAUGCUUGGCUUGGAAGACUAUGAUCAAGAGGAAGUUAAAUUAAUAAUCUAUGAAAAUAAUAAAUAAAAUUCAAAGAGCAUGGCCUUUCGUGAUGAAGUAGUGAGCUUAAAUGAAAGCCAAAGUAUAAAUUCUGAUAAUAAAAUAGAAUAGGGAUAUAACAAAUCACCUUUAGUAAAACAGAAAGUGUAGACUAUCUAAAAUAUACAGCUUGAUCAUAUCUAAGAAAUUAGUAAAUCAUCAAAUAGUGAUAUGAAGUAGAGCUUUGAUACAAUUAAAAAAUCUUUAACUAUGAAUCUAAUCCCGAAUUAAAAGAGUCUUGAAGAUGAUCUAGUAUCAUACUAUCCUACAACUAGUGAUUCCUCUGUAAACAGAAAGCUUAACAUUUUAAGAGAAUAGUUUGAAGAUUUGAAAAUGACUUUCUAGUUUUUUGGAGGUUUGGAAUAAUAUUUUGCUAAAUAAAAAAGUCCAGAUGCCUAAAUUAUUGUUUAAAAAAGAAAAAAGAAAAUUUUAUCUUUAAUUGAUUUACAUGAAAUUUAAGGUUUGAAGGAUAAGGUUAAUUCUUUCUUGAGGUUUUCUUUUAUCUAUCUUUAAAAAGAAAUUGGAAGAGGUUUUUGUUAAGAUUUUAAUAAUGAAUCAUAUUACCGUUACUUAUUAAAACACUUAAUGUAUCUUAAAAAGUAGUAUUUAAGGUUUAAAGCAGGUGUAAUAGAAUUUCCUGAUGAGCAAUCAGCAUAACCGCUACUAAUAUCAAAAACUCCAAUAGAUUAUCCUGGUUCAGCCUGCAAAACUCCUUAAUAAUAAAUUUAAUUCAAUUUAAAUUAGCUCACAUUGAAUAGUGAGACUAAAAAGAUGAAGUCUCCUUUAACAUCAAAGCCAUCACUAAAUAUUUAUGGAAACGAUAAACAAUAAUUUGGAAGUACUCUUGACAAAAAAAGUCCUUAUAAUUUAUUAACUAAUAUUCCUCGAUCUGAAAAUAUUUUGCCUCAAGAUUAGUAAAACUUUACUAUUAUGUAAAACUCAAAUCAAUCAUUUAGAAACAUUUCGGUUGCUAACUCUAAUAUUAGAAAAACAAUUUUUAUGCAAUAGAAUAUGUAAAAGCAGGUAUAAAGUAAUUAUUUUAGGCAUCUCAAAGAAACACAGACCUCUAUACAAAAUGCACUAAAUAUUUACACAAAAUCAUCACCAGCUUUAAUUCUAUCUUUCCUGAAAAGAAAUCAAGAUUAAUACUUCCUAAUUAUUGCUAAACUUGUUAUCAAGUAAGAGGUUAUUUUUAACAAUCUGUUUAAUGAAAAUGGAGAGUUCGACAUUAAAGAUAAUUAUUAUUUUUAUAUUUCUGCAAGGCAACUAAACUCCAAUUUAAAACAAAGAAAUUUAUUGCCUCCUAUAGAAAUAACUUAAGAGUAGUUGAAGCCCUACUAUAAUUAGGGAGAGUAUAGAUUAUUUUGCUGUUAAAUAAAUAAAUUUAUCAUUUUUGGUGACAUGAAUAAAAAACAAAAGUUACAAUUACUUUAUUUUUUAAACCAUUAAAUUGGAAUUACUCCGUAGGACAAAUCAGAUGCAACUAAACUGAAUAAGCAAAAAAUUCUUUUUAAAGAUACUAUAGCACUAGGUUAGAAGAUAUAGGUAGCAGAUUGGGAUUCUACAUUAGCUUACAAUCUUGAGCUUUACAGAAUUAUUUUUAGAAAAAUUAAGUAAUAAUCUCUGUUUGAUGGAACAGCUGUUUCAGAGGAGCUUAGUAAAGGAUAUUAUAAUUUAUUUGUAAACAAUUUCAAUGAAGUCUACUAAGAGCAUGGAAAGAGUAAAAGAGUAGCACUUUCAGUUUACCAUAAUUAUGAAAGUGAUGCUGAAGAAGAUAAACAAUAUAAUUAAGCAAAUAAAAAACAGAAUUAAUAAAAUUUAGACACUCAUGGUUUGCCUAUGUUAAAUAAUGAUAGCUAACUCUAAAUAAAUAUCAAUCAGGAAUAAACAUAAGAAGUGCCUAAUUUGCAAUUAAAUAGGAAAAAAACCAAUUCAAAUUAUCAAUUCCUUGAGGAUAGAAAUUUUCAGCAAAUGCAAAAAUACUAUCCUUAAAAAGUAUAGUAAUUUCUAAAAAGAAAAAGAGAAUGGUACUUAACAUUAGGAAAAUCAAAUAGAAUGAGAGUUAACUUUCAUUUUGAUUGGAAAAUAAAAAGCUCAAUAGAAGAAUUCAAAAUAUACUUUUUUGAUUUAGAAAGAUAAAAAAAAUUCUGUAUAAAAUAGGUUCCAUUAAAAAUAUAAAAUAUACUCAUCAGAUUAAUUAAAUGGGAACAAGAAAAGUAUGCUUAUUUAGAUCAUAAGGCCUCUAAGAAUUUUUAGUUAGCAUAGAUUUAAAAUGUAUUCUUCUUCGAGGCUUAAGGCUUUACUGGAAUCAAACCUGUUAUUAAGAUAAAUAAAGAAUUAAGCAUUAAAACUAUUAUCAUUACUUCAUAAAAAUCAAUCAAAGAGCAUCUCAUUUCAAAUAGCUCUGACUUACUAAAAUAUUAUCAUCUGAAGGAGUAUCAGUUUUGUAUGAAUAUGAAUUUAUAUGGUAAGUGCAUCUCUAAUCUCAAAUUUUACAUUAUGAAAAGACCGUAGCUCAACUAUGAACAUAUGUAUGCAUUUUUACUAAUCAUUCAGCCUCUCAACUCAAAGACAAAAUAAAUUAAAUUUGUUUUCUCAUUCUAAGAUCUAAUUAUGCUUGAUAAUAAUCAAAACAUAACAGAAAAUCUAAAAAAGAGGUUUACAAGAGCAGAUGCGACUAAGGUUAUCAAAUUAGUAUCUACAAGGAUUAGACUAAUAAGAGGUCUUUUUGGAGCUUUUCCUAUUUUGAUGACUGAAUAGCAAGCCAAAACAUAUGAAGAGUUUAAAAAGUAAAAUUAACAAUCAAAAAUAAAAGAGUAGUUGUAAAAAUAAAAUGCAAUCAAACAAAGAGCAUUGAGAUAAUAAUCAUAAUAGCUUUAAAUUAUAAAUGCUAUUUCUCCUGUUAAUUAAAUUUCAGCUUAAGCAUAAAUAGUAAGAAGUGCAAGACCUUCUUUAUUUUCUAAGAUCAAUUCUUUGUUUUAAAAAGAUUCAUUUUUAGACACAAAGAAUUUAAAUUAAGGGUUAGAUCAAUCUAAUACUAGAAGAAAAUCUUAGUUUUUUGAGUAAUCAAUUAAGUAAAUACCAAACAAAAAUUAAUUAGCACUGCAACCUGUAAUUUCUUCUUAAUAAGAAAGUCUUACAAGUUCAAAUUCCGAUUCUUCUUAAUCUUCUAUUACAGAAAAAAUUAAUGACAAGAUAUCUCCUUCUGCCAAAAGUUCAAAUGCCAUUUAAAAAAUUAACUUUAGUGAGAAAAAUAAUAAAUAAAGCUCUCCAGCUAAUGCAAAAAGAAUUAUGAAUAGACCACCUAAUUUAAAUUUAGGUAAAGAAUAACUACUGACAUUUUCUUCUAAAUUAUAAGAUAUGGGUAUACUUCAAAAUAAAAUAACUGCUAAUGAAAAUAAAUAAUUUUAAGAUAAGUUUGUAAGUAAAGAAUUGUAAAAUUAGGAUGAAUAAACAAACUCUAAUAAUAAAUAUAUCAUUUAAAAAUAAAUUUCAUCUUCUACAAUUACACCUUUGAUGAGCUUUUUGAAAACAAAAAAAGAAGUUAAGGCAGAAAUAAAUAGCAAUAAAUCCCUCUUUAACAGCUUAAAUAUGAAUAAUGAUCUUAAUAAAAAAUAAUAUAGCUCAAUGAGAUCUUCAUAUAAUGGAAAAGAAGGAAAUAAGUAAGAAAAAAAUAAGAUGGAACAUGUAUUCAAAAGAACUGAAUCAAUAGACUCUUAGGAAUCUCAAGAGAGUAAUAGAAUAUCUAAAAAUGAAAAUUCAAAUGUAAAAUCUAUCUAACCUAGAAAGGUUAGUUUUGUAGAUAAAGCAAAAGACUAAAACGAACAUUUUAAUCAAUUAAAUACAUAAAGUUAACAUGGUAUACUUAAAAAGGCAAGAUAAUUUGAAGCCAACGAUCAAUAAUCUUCUUACACAUCUCCAAGGGUUUCAUUUAAAAUUUAAGAGUAGUCAAUAGAAGAAUCCUUAUAAAUAGACUCAUCGAAAAGUAAAUCUAAUGAAAAAAAUAUUUCAUCCCAAAGUAAUAGUGGUCACUCAAACUCAUCUUAGCUACAAAGUAUUAACAAAAAUGAAAUAGAUGAAUUAAAUGAUUUGAAAAAGGAAAAAUUGAAUACCAAUGAAUCGAAUAAAUUGCAGUAAAAUUCAGAAAAAAGAAGUGAUUAUGAGGGGACAAAUAAUAUUUUUUAAGAUCUUAGAGUGUUUAAAAAUAUAAUUUCAAGACACGAUUUUUCAGAUGGAAAGCAAAACCUUACAAAUACAAAUAAAGGGUUUCUUGAGUCUUACUUGUAGAAAUCUAGAAUUAUUGGUUAGUACGUAAGAAAGAUGGCUAAUAAUGAAUAUGUAUUGAUUACAGUCAAAAAAGAUUUUAUAUUAAAAUGCUGGGAUAUUCAAAUUUAUAUUCCAAAAACAUAGAGGGUACUACUUAGUUAACUUUCCCAUAGUGAGCUAAUAGAUUGCAACUAUGAUUUUUUAAACCGUAAUAUUGCAACAAAACUUAGAUUUUUCUAUGAAAAUAAGACAACAGCUCCGUUUGAGAGUUACCUCUCCUUUCUUAAUCGUGUCAAUUAGUACUCAAAUAGGAUGUCAACUCCAGACAUAACAAAAAUACAAAAAAAUAAUAAUAAUGAUUAAGGAAAAAUAAAUUCAUUUUAGAAGUAAUCAAAAAAUAACUUUCUUAGCUCUAUAAUAACUAAGUUAAAAAAUUCAGAUGAAUCUUAAACAUCUCCUGAAAGUCUGAAUGCAUCUCCUCUCCCUGAAUAUCAUUCUCCUCGAAAUACUCAUAAAAAAAAAAGUAUACUACUUGUAAAUAGUAUUGAAAAUAAUUUGUUGAAAAGACAGACCUCAAAUAAGAAAUUGGCUUAAACAAUUAAAGAAAGAGAUUAAAAUGAAAAACUACAGAAUAGCAUAUAAAAUAAUUUAGAUCUUUAAAAAUAGCAGUAAUUAUUUAUUUAGUAGAAUUAAAUAGAUCUACCUAAAGAGGAUUAUAAAAUAAAAUAAGGCACUUCAGAGAAUUAAACAUAAUAAAAUUAUUUAGAAAGUCCUUACUAAAGAUCAAGUUUAAAAAAAGUGAGUUUUAUAAAAUUAAUCAGUAUAGAAGAUGAAGAAUCUAAAGAUGGUGAGAGUUCAAAAAGAACAAAUAAAUCUGGAAGUUAAAAGUCUUUGCAUAUGAUUAAUUAAAGGAGUAAUGAUGAAAAUACUCCAACAUCCUCCAAUAGUUCAAAAAUAAGUUUUUAAAAAAAUAUUUAAUCACAAAAGAAUCCUGAAUCUCCCUCAAUUAUAUCUAGAAUGCUAGAGUCAUCCAGAAGAAAAGGAUAAAGAAAAUUGACAUUUAAACUAGAUGAAUAAUAGUAGUAACACUUAAAAAAUGUAAUAUCUAGUAGUUCUUGUGAUGAAUAAGCUUAAAAUUCAAGUUAUUCUAAAAAAUCAUAUCAAGAAAAAUUAAAUAGCCCACUUAAUAGAAGCAUUUAGUCUCCUUUUGAUAAAAAAGAUCAAUAAGGUAUUUCAGAAAUGUAAUAAAAUACUGAAAGUUUAAAUUUAUCUACCAAAAAAUCUAGUUAAGAACAAUAAACACAAAACGUUGGGAUAGAUAAUGACAAUCAAAAUAUUGAUCAGGCUCCGAGACUUUAAGAAAACAAGCAGCCAAAUAAUUAAAAUAUAUCUUCCAGCUAGUUUAAUAAAGAUAAAGGAGCUUAAAAUUUAAUUAGCUAAUAACAAUCCCUUCUUCUUUCUAUGCAUAAUAUGCGCAGCUAUUCAAAAAAUAUAUUUUCUUCAUCAGUCAAUUAAUUAAAAAAAGUUGGAGGAAGCACAAGAAAAAUGAAAACAAAUAAUUAGAUUUAAAAAUUAAAUUAAUUAAAUCUAGUCCACUCGAAUUCUUUAGUUGAAGAAAGCUAAGAAGGUGGUGGACGAUUAAGAAGCUAAACAGGUUAAUUAGGUAGUUCUUAACAAUAAUAAAGUUCGGUUGUGCAGAGAACUUUAAAAUUUUUUUAAACAAAGACUGCAAAUAAACAAGCUCAGCAGAUUAAUCAAGGUAAUCUUGAAAAUAAUUCUGAUAGCAGUAAUAAAGGCACCUAAAAGAAAAACUUAAAGUAGUUGAUUUCAUAAAAUUAAUAAAAAAUAAUUGGUGAGAGAAACUUGAUAGCAUUGGUUGAUUUUAUGAAACCAAAGUAGUUUGAAAAAGUUACUUUAUAAUAAAAAAUGUUAUCAAUAACAGAAGAAAUGGAUAUUGCAUUUAUGACAGGUUGCCCAAAUGAAAGAAUAGAUAAUCUUGUUAGAUUUAUCGAAAUAAAAAUUUGGUCUAACUUCUUGAGCUAGUGUGAAUUUAGAACUGAUGAUAAGCAUUUUAAAGUAGUCCUUUUCUUUGGUAGCAAUAAGCUUAGUAUUUAAGAAUAGCUUUUCCAUGACUACAUAAAGGUAGAUCAACAAAACGAGAGUGUAAUUGAAGUAGGUGUUGAUCUUUAAGAAUCAAUACUCUUUUUAAACAAAGAUGCAAAGCUUCCAACUCGUGUUUAACUUUUACAAUAUUUUUUUAAUUCUUUUAAGAGUAUCCCAUACACUAUGACAUCUAAUUUUUCUUUCACAGUUCAAAAUGUUAUAAUAAACAAAAGGAGCAUUAAAAAAUUUAAUGUAAACGUACGUGAGCUACUUAACUUAUUUAUCGCAGAAGGUUUUUACAGGUUUUAAACUAACUACAUGAGUUCUAAAGUCAGUUAUUCAGAGCUUAAAAAUCUUGCUUACUUCCUGAUCCAUAAGAUUAAAAACUCAAACUUCUUAGAAUUAAUGCAAAAUUAAGAAAAAAAUAUCUCAAUUGAUAAAGCAAAGAGCAAAAAUAACCCUCAGUAAAAUCAAGGAAACAAUUUAUCAACAAGCUUUGCAAAAUUAAAUACUUUGAAUUCUAUCAAUCAAAUACCAUCUGAAAAUUAGAUUAUAAGCUACGCAACUAUAAACAUUUAACAAUAAGCUCGUUAGCAAAAAAAGAAGAAAUAAAAAAGAAACUUUAUUAUCUUGAAAGAUGAUAAUCUGAUGUACUUUUAUGAAAAAGUAAUUAAUGUGUAGUUAAAAUUAAUAAUGAAGGUAUCAUAUUUUACAAGAAGUCAUUAGUUCUAAAUUGUUGUAUAUAAGUCUGGUACAUCUAUGAGCAUAAUAAGAAAUAAAUCAUUAAAAUAUUUUAACAAAAAAAUCCCUUUUAUUUAGCAGUACAUGAAAUAACUUGAUCUAUUUGAUACUGCCCUUUCUAGAGUUUGCGAUUACAUGGUAGAUAAGAUGAUCUUAUAUUUUAUAAUUUAACACAAUCUCCAUUAGGAUGAAAGAUAUAUCAAAAAAUUACAUAAUAAUGAUAAGUAAAGAAAAAAAUUCUCUGUGUUUUUAGUAAAUAAUAUAUACUAGUUAUAGGAAUAAACUAGCUCAGAAGAAAUUAUAAGUACUGAUUAAAAUAUAUAUGUAGAUUCUGAAGAUAGUGAUAGCUAAUAAGGGGAUUAAUAAGAUGAUGAAAUGACAGAAGAUUUUCCAGUAAGUUAAUACGAGUUUAAUGAUACAUUAUCAUAGAAUUAAAGUAACCGCUAAAUAUAAAGUGAAAAUGAAGUAAGGUUUUUCUCUUCUAAGAGCUUGACUCCAAUAAGAAUGUUUUAAAAUAGCAAAUUCCAAAAACUAAAAGGUUAGAGGAGUCUUUUUGUUUAAGGAUCAAGUGAUAGCAGCUUUAUAAGUAAAGAAAACUAAAGUCCUAAUUAAUCGAUGCAAUCAUAAAACUAAUAUCCAUUAAAGAAAAGCUCAUCGUUUGAUGAAUCUGAAAAAAAUGAUAAAUAUUAAAUCUAGGAUGAAAAUCUUGAUCAAGAAUAUGUAGAUGAAGAAGAAGAGUAUUCAAAUCACUCUGAUGAUAAUGAAAAUGAUAUUUAAAACUAAAUUGAUUAGAAUGAUGAUGAAUAUUUUUAGAACGAAAAUAACUAUGAAGAAAAUAAUUAGUAUGAAUGA